AUGCUGCCAUAUGACGACUUUAUCAACCGUUUUAAGGAUAGUAUUAUGAAGGAUAUUAAAAACAUUGCUGAUCAUAACUUGAAAAAAGUGCUGGAAUGCAAAUACUUGUUGGAUUCUUACAUUAAAAAAGACGAUGCUGUAAGUUUUUAUAAUAAGUUUAGUUUUCGGCCGUUUUUAGGUAAACAAAACCUGUUUUCAACUCAAAAUUAACUUUUUUAAAAAUUUUUUCAAAAAUUCAACUUGUGCCAUUUCCAGGUGAUCUUCUUUUACGAAACCCUCGAAAUCAAUCGAAGAGUUGACAAAGACUACCGUAAUCUGAACAAAAAGUUGUGGGCCAAUUACGAAGUAAAAAAUAAAGAACUAAAAGCCCGAAAGUCUACAUUAAAAAGCCUAAAAUCAACUGUGGACAAAUUGUGGCAACAAAAACGUCAAGCAGAAGAUGCUCAAUCAUUCGACUCCAUGGUCGACAUUUUAGAAGUUUCUAUGAGAGAAAACGACGAUGUUAGUCAGGUAAGGUUUUGAAUUGUUAUUAUAAAAAACUAAAAAAAAAGUAGCAAACAACGUGCUAACAAAUGUCAUAAGUGGUUAAAAUGUCAAACCAAAUGCCAUAAAAAAUUGAAUUUUACGUUGAGCUUUUGAAGCAUGAUUUUCUGCCGAAAAUGCCAUUUUUUAUUAAAAUCUUGAUAAAAAUCUCCAUUUUUACUUUCAAAAAUACAGUAAAAAAUCUUUUUUAUAAUAUUCUUAUAAAAAAAUAGCUAAAUCUAAACAAAAAAUUCAAAAAAUUAAGUUGCCGCCAGCAGGGGUCGAACCUGCGACCUUGGGCUUAUUAGACCCACGCUCUAACCGACUGAGCUAUGGCGGCACAUGACUGCAAGCGAUUAAUUUUUCAUUUUAAAAACAUCAACAGUAUUGUAAUUGCCGUGAUCUGCUAAUUAAACGUUCAUUUUUUUAUCACUUUACGUUUUUUUAAUUUUAUUUAAAAAAUUUUUUAAAUUUCCAUAUUUUAAAAAGCUAAAUUUUAAAAAAUAUGAAACUGUGUUAAACUAAACGUUAUAUUAUCUAUUGGCUUACGAUACUGUUAAUACUUUUGAAGUGAAAAAUAAAUUGUUUGCAGCCAUGUGCCGCCAUAGCUCAGUCGGUUAGAGCGUGGGUCUAAUAAGCCCAAGGUCGCAGGUUCGACCCCUGCUGGCGGCAACUGCAUUUUUUAUGGUUUUUAUGUGAAAUUCGAUUUGCUGAUUAGUUGUUAAGUUUUGUUUUGUUAUUAUUUUCAUAACCAUAAGUUACAUAUUUGACCAAAAUUACAUUUUUCAGAAUCUACUGGACUCAUAUUUGGCCGAUCCGAGCGAUAUCGACCAGUUUUUCGAACUUUACCACGAUUCCCGUGUUGCUUACCAUACAGUAAAAGAAAAACAACGUCGGCUGAAGGAAAUUAUCAUUCACAAUCACAAAAUGCUUCAAAAAUAA